AGAGCAGGCAGAUUUGAGAGGUUCAGUGACGGUGUGGAGAAGAAGCUAAUCUUUAUGAUUCCUAUGGUAAUCGGUGUUCUGCGUGACGGUUUGGAGAAAAAGCCGAUCUCCAGGUCAUCACUGAGUGCUCUGAAAUACAGUUCUUCAUGGAAAUCCUGGUGGUUGGUGUUUAGAGCUACCAAAGCUGCGGAUGUGGUCAGAAGAACGAGGGAGCAGUGCUAUGUAAAAUCUCUUUAUAAGCUCGAAGACUAUCCUUUUGAGCUUCGUUGGGUAAUGGUAUCUUGCCGCUCC